AUUUUGUCGAAUGCAUCAUUUCUCGAAUAACGAUUCUUAAUAAGAAAGAGCAAAUGCGAUUGCGAUUUUCUACAGAACCAUACGAUGUCAAAGUGAUUUUUCAUCCUUUGUUUCUCACCCUUGAUAUAAAUACGAUAUAAUACACUUGAGCUUCUUCGAUUCCUUUCAUUUUUCCCUUAACUCUUUAUAUUUACUGAAUAUAUGGUUCGAUAUCGAUUCGAAUAAUUCCGAUACUUUCGGUGUUAUAUACGUGAGACCGAUACAGCCCGAUAUUACGACACAUACUGAUAGCACAUAUCGAUUCCAGGCCUCUUACUCUUCGAUACAUCAUGAACCUUCAAAUAACAACCCCCUGGGCAAAAGAGUAUUCGAUCAUUCUCUAAAAUGGAGUAAUAAUUUUUUCCAAAAGAUCAUCGAAUAAAAAGGGACGAAAAUUCUUCUCCGAUCACCAAUCGAAUUUAUUCGAAAAUCCUAAUCAUCGUCCUCCUCCCCUCGCACAAAAUUUUCGUUCCAUUUUCUCGAGAUUCUCCUCAAAUAAGGAUUCUCACGUCGGAUACGUAGCUCCUUUCGAGGGAGGGCGAUUCCUGUAACGAGGAGAACGCCCGUUUUGCAUCCACCAUUUUGCUCCAGCCUUCAUUAAUCUCGCUGACCUUUCCCGCGCGACCUGUCCUCCCACUUAAACACUUCUCAGGGAAAAUAUUUAGCAAACUUCCAUUCCGCCACAGGUUGCAGAGAUUCGGUGUGAAAACACCGAAGGAGGGAGCCGUUUCGAAUCGAAGCUUAGCCAGCUUAGCAGAGAUUAAACGCCCCCCAUUCGCACCCCAAUUCUCCGAUCUGAUGAAUUAGUUUUCGGCUUUGUCUUGCCUCGUUGUUUUCCUCUCUCUCUCUCUCUCUCUUAGAUCGGACAGACGAUCAUAAAACGUAUACAAUAUAUGAUCAGAAGGUAUAAAUCGAUAUUCGGUGUGAAUUUACAUUGUUACCCAAGUUGAGAGAAGUUUAAGAUACGCUCUCAUCCGGCCAUAUAUCUGUAACGUCAAAACGUUUACUUUUUACUACGUGUAAUAUUUCAUUACUUUACAUUCGACCGAUUUUACGACCUCUAUGCACGUGUAUAAAGUGUAACUUUUGAACUUUUAUUCCCAGUAUUUUUUUUCUUAUCUCGUAAGAUUCGAUUUAUAAGAGAAAAAUAAUGUCUUAAUCAACCUGUAUAUUAUAUACGUUUGUUUUAUAUUUAUCCUUUAAUUUAUUUUAUAUACGUAUAUAUAUAUAUAUCGUAGUUAUUUAAGAAAAGAAGAGUAACGAUCGAUCGAUCAUUUUUACGCGAUCAUAAUUCUUAUUAUGACGGUGAAAAUGUUUAACCGCGUCGAAGCGGAUAUCAGAUAUGUUAUAUUCAUCGGUGUAUUCGCGAUGGACGGUUUGCAGUACGUGUUACAAAUUCUGAGAAAAGACCGGAUCGAACGAGGCUUGUUCCGUUAAGGCCACUGACACUCUCGAAUACCGUGGCUUCACGACAUUUGAAUAUUUUCAAAGACCUCCCACCGACAAGAGAGCAUCGGUGAUUGAUGACACCUUCUUAACGAAACUCCCCCGUCGGACAAAUAUCUCUCGCGAUGCAGCAAAACGCAAUUAUUUCAAAGGAUUCGUAUUUCUAGACAAAAGUGUGUGGGAGAAAAGUAUAUACGAGAUGAAGAUAUUUAAGAAAAAGAGGAGAUUUGUCAGAUAUUUUGUAAAUUAGAAUUUAAAAAAGGGGAGGGAGAAAAAGAAUUGGUGAGUCGUUUCUGACGAACAACACGGCGAAAAUUUCACGAAGCGCGUAUAAGUCACCGAUAUUCCCUGGCGGGUUUAUCUUUUUAAAUCUGACUUUAUCCAAACGUGUCUCUUGAAUUAUUCGCGAAACGUGGAGAAUUUUUCGACCUCUUCCUGUUACAAGAUUCAGUCAACGAUCAAAGAGGAGUGCACACACGGCGGCGUACACGUUUCCUCUGCCUUUCUCCCCUCUUCUUCUUCUUCUUCUUCUUCUUCGUUUUCCUCGUGGAGGAAAUCGUAGAGGUCGAAGAAAAGCGUCUGACGUGUUUGCAUUUCGCGGAAUGGGGGGCUAAAGGAUGCGCGAUUAACGAGAGAAGUCAGUUGCCUGAUAAGAUUAGAGGAGGAAAGGCGUGACGAGGGAAGGAUGAGGGGGCGUUUAAGUGGAGAAAUUUUCGAGAAUGGGCGGUGAUGAGAGAGGGAGAGCGGUGGAGUCGACAAUGGAGAAAAAAGUUGAAUAAGCAGGGCAAAUAUUUUCCAAUGUUAGGGUGGUAAAAGAUGGCGGGGGGAGGAGAAAAAAGUAACGCCUUCAAAUCGGUGAACCGAGUCGGAGGCAGAGUUUAAAUAUCCACAAAGAAUUUCGACUUUCGCGACCAAAGCGUAAAGUGUAUUCGAGAAGUUGUUGCCAAAGUUUCCCCAUAAAUUGUUUAUUUCAUAACAGAAUUUACGAUGGAUUUCCUUCAAAACAGACUUUACCUACGGUAAUAGCAACAACUCUUUCCAAAAUUGUGCGAAUACAAUUUUUACGAAUCGAAGGGCCACCAACUUUCCCCUCGUUUCUUCAAUUCCAAAAAUUUCUUAAAUUUCUGUUUGAUCGAAUCGAACCAUUGAUUAAAAUAUUUCGAGAAAGGAAUCGAAAAGUUAAUCAAGCUACCUAAGUUAUCAUCGAUAGUUUAAACUGUUAUAACUUAAAAAAAAAAUUCGAAGCCUCUUUCUUUCAGAAUCUUUUCUUAAUAUAAUUUCUUCGUCGAUUUUAAUCCUAUUAUUUUCAUGAUAAAAAUCCACUGUUCUACGAUAACAAGAAAAUAAUCGCGUAAAACGAAAGAAACUUCUUCGCUCGAAGGAAGAGAAAAGUACAAAUUCAUCUCGAAACGAUUGAUCUUUUCUUUUUUCGAAUUCUAAUUUUAAUUUUAAAUACUUGAACAGGUUAUUCUCACAUGUAACGCGAUGAAAUUUCAUUACAGGCACAAGUAACGCCGAGGAUUUCCCUCCGAUUGUUUCACGUUUCUACGAUUUGUUUUAAUAAAAUGUAUCCCCGCCCGUUCAUUCGUCCAUCGUGUCCAUAUAUCAAGGGCUAUUAAUUUAAUGGGGGUUGGAAAUUGAAUGUGAAAUGAAAAUUCAACGAGCCAGGUUUUCUCAUACCUAUUAACCGUACGAUGAUCGAACGUUAUCGAUUCCUCGUGUUUCCAAGCACGAUAGCAGUAAUUGAUAGAUCGUGCUCGAAACCGCUUCCUCCGACGAAUGGAAUCAUUGCCAUGUAAAUUAGGGAGUUGGAAUUAUACGGGGGAGUUGUUUCUCCACCCACCCUGCUGCUGCUGCUCGUAUAUUUCGUCCAUCGAAAAAUGGGGGAAGAAGUCUUGGAUUCGUUUUAUCACCUCGAAAAUUAUAAUGCCUUCGAUUGUGAAGCAUUAAAAUCUCUCUGCUCUGUUUAAGGGGAGCUUAUAAAAUAAUUACUCGAUCGAUCGAUAUCACGGCGUGAUAAACAUAAUUCGUGAAAAGUUUCACGAAGAAUUUUGUGGCGGGCUGUACAGCGCGGAAUUCUAUGGGUGAUUCGAUUAUAAUUAACGUGACGUGGUCGGAGAGAAUAAUCGCGAAAUUUUCACGGUGAUGGCCGAUACUUUUGCGCGUCCUCCGCCCGUUCGCGCGGUGUGGAAAACGCGGCAUAACUCGCAUUCGUUUUCACGAAUUAUGGGUGGCAGGAAAAAUGCAUCCGCCAGUGAAUAUCUUUCCCGUGAUAAUGUUAUACGCGCCGUUUAAUUCGAUUUCGGGGAAUUUUAACAUUGACCCGCCUUUUUUUAAAUUUGCAGCAUUAUCUCCAAUUGGAAUCUUCGUUUAUUAAUAAUUUUGAUCAUUUCCUUUUCCUUCACAAUACUAAUCCAAUUUUUAAUUUCUAGGCUGCACGUGAAAUUAUUUGGAUAAAAGAAGCGUGGAAUAAUUAAGAAUUCGACAAAUUGGAAUCCAGAAGGAAGAUUGUUAACUGGAGCGAAUUUUUAAAAAUCUUUUUAAGGAAGAAAUUUUUAAAGGUAGCCCGUUCGUUGUAAUUUCACCGCGUCGUCACAAAGGGAUAAUCCGAAUUCGUGAGACGGGAGAUGGGAAGUCGAAGGUGGGAAAAUUUCUCGGGUCUUGGCAUCGAUCAGAUGCGGAGGGCGGGCGACAUCUCGCGAUAAACGCGUUUCCUCUGUCGGCGUGUCUCGAUGGAAUUUUAUUAGCUUUUCUUCGCGGGGCGCAUCGUUUGACAUCGGAACAGCUUGCUUAAUAUCGAGAGAGGAGAAACGCUCGCGGAUAAAAAUUGGCGGUGAAAAACAGCCUUUCGAAACGAUCGUUAACAAAUUCGCUAAUAACGAUCGGAAUUACCCGUUAAACGAUCCAUUUAUCACUCGAGUUGCCGGCCCAGUCACGUCCCGACGAUUUUCCCGAAUAUCGCUCCCAUAAAGCGAGUCGAACCGUGUGUCCAAACUGAAUUCUCGAAACUGGCGCAAACUCGUAAUUAUUUGUUAUGCACGGGCCAGGGAUUUUCACGGGCCUCGAAUAAUUUUUACAUCACGUGUGCAUCAACGUAUAAACGAUACAAGCAGGUGGAAUAAUUUUUGGUUUUAAUAUCGUCUCGAGUAUCGAUCCGUUAGGCAUCAUCUUUAUCUUCCGAUCUAUCCGAUAUGUAUUACACAGCGUCGAUUGGAUCGGAUCGAGUAAAUGCAAAAGAAGAAUACUAAGCAAAACGAUUAUCACGAUAUUCUAUUGAAAGACUGUGGCUUCGAGCCAAUUUGAAAAUAAAGGAAAGAAACGGGGAGGAGGAGACAGUUUGGAGCCAAGUGAAUUGGAAAAUUGUUGAGUAAUUGAGGAUCGUCACCGUUUGAAACAAAAAAAAAGAAAAAAUAAAAAUAAAAAAAGGAAAGGUAAAAGGGAGAAAAUUCGCAAACACGAAAAUAUUUCUUCUUUAAAACCGUAUCUCGUCCGUUGAAGUUUUUAACAUUUAAUUCUACGAUAUUGUAAUAAUCAAAUAUUAAAAUUAAAAUUGAGAUUCCAUCAAAUCUACUUUGAUUCAACGAUUGACGUCCAAUUAAAAUUUUUCACAUUCGAAAAUUCAAUCGUGUUAUCAACAUAUGUAAAGAGAAAAAGUUAUCCAAAUCUCCCUUAGUAGAAUUGAUCAUUUGUCCAACUAACGUUUAGAUGAAAAGUAUCAUAUUGUCCGGUUAUAAAAACAGUUGAUUGAUGCCUGUAUUGUCAAAAUCAGAGUUGGAGAAAAUUUGAGAAAUAAGUUAAAUUCGAUAUAAAUAAAAAAAAAUAUUCCCUAUGCAUAGUGAUAUCGGAUAAAAAAUUAUAAAUCAACCAUGGACGUAACAUGGACGAUCCUUAACGAGGAUGUGACGCAAGAAUGCGUAACAAGCGUAGUAAAAGCUUAACAGGAGACGAACGUUUUCUACAUGCUGUUCAAAAUUAUGCAAAAUUGAGGGAGAACGAGUUCUUCGAUGUAAUUCGUCGAAGAGAUCGCAUACCAACCACGUAGUUCUCGCGAUCGGUAAUAUCGUAACUUUCCUAAAUUACCGAUUGUAGAAAAAAACGUUCUCGAACAUUACCCUUUCCCUUGCGCGUCGUCGUUCUUGGAAACUCGAUCGUUUACCCGGCUAAUCGAUAUUUCGGAUACGUCUGUUCCGUGCAAUUUCUGCGAACGAGCAAAGUUUUAAUCUUGACGCGAUACUAGACACAACAAGGCCGUCGUUUUUUGUACGAAUUAUCGAUUCCUCGAGGUUGUAGAAACCCCGAUUUCGAGCAGCUAGCAUCUGCAACGUCGCAGCGAUACGAUUCGAUAAAAUAUACAGACGUGCAGUUUUUACAGCUUUGCACCUGGAGAAAAGGUAUACGUUCUAACGCGUUUCCAACCAUUUUAUCAUUUUAUUUUAUCGGGCAACCGAUGCAACAUAUUUUUCUAGGAAAGAUCAUUUUUAUAAAAAUAGUUUUACGUUCACGUUACUUUUUUAAUUCGUUUAAUAAUACAUUCGCCCCGUAUUUCUAUAAAUAAUUACGUGUAGAAGAAAAUCGAUCUCAAUUUGUUUGAAUUAAUAGGGAAACAAGAUUACUUGGAUAAGAAAAUUUACAGGCACUUUUUCAUUUCUAUGAAACUUUUUAAUUGUUAAAGUAGAGAGAUAUUUAAUAUAUAUGCAAUACAUAUACAUAUAUAUCCGUGUUUCAUACAGUUUCCAAGUUUGUUUUUGGCAUAUGUGGGUUGCCUCUCUAAAGUUCCGCAGAGGUUAAGUGGUUGAUAAUAUUAGAUAAACUGUGCAGAGAUUCUAUUCUGUUCCAAAACUGACAAUAAAACCUUUGAAUUAUGUACACGGAUUAAAUCUAUUUUUAACCUUUUUUCAUUUUUUCGCAAAAAUCAUCCAAUAGAUAAUAUCCGAUAUCCGUUAUUGUUGUACACGGAAUAGGUGAAAAAACAAGCCUGAUCAUUGCAAAAAGAAAUAAUAAUGGUUUAGAGAUAAAGGCAGGGAAUGGGCGUUCCAUUAUAUUUUUUUGCAUCGUAUGAAUAACAUCCUUGCCUUGUCCUGACAAUGCGACGCAAAUAAAACACCCAUUAUUUUCUCCACUUGCAUUUUUAAUUUCCAAGUUUCACCACGUUUUAUUCUUAACCACUAUCUGCCUACUAUUGUUACCCACCACUAUAUUAUUACACGUUAUAUUUCCACGAAUAUCUAUUAUUAUCCUUGUUAUUAUUAUUAUUAUUAUUAUUAUUACUAUUAUCACUAUUGUAACCAAUGUUUUCAAUGGUUAAACUUUUUCUCUUUCUCUUUUUUUUCCCUUUUUUUUCUACACAGAACCUUGGCUAUCGCUCGUGCUCGCGGUAGUUGAUAUAAUUUAUCGAAGCAGCAGAGAUAUUAUUUAAGCCACAGUGACGCAGUCAUUCGUCUCCCGGAGAGAGAGAUUACGUUCUCUCCCCCCCCCCCUCCUCUCCCCUUCUUUUUCUUCACCCUUCUCAAGCUAUGCAAGCGACGAUGCACUAUAUCACGUCAUAUUUUUGAACGGCCGAACAGACGAAAAUAAUAAUUCCCUCCGAUUCGAAUCUGGGAGCACUUUCCGAUCCAACGGGUAUUAAUGCGAUAUCGCGCGUUUAAAACGUGCUUUUUUUUUUUUUUCCUUUUAAUUAAAUAAACAUGUUUCAUCCCUCUCAUCGGCAUCGAUCGAGGCGUUAGCCUUCUCUAGUUUCGAUUAAAAUCGGGGAAAUUAAUUUAAUCGUGUACAAUCAAUGCGGAGCCAGGUUACAAUAGAAUCCUUGAUUAAUCGGCUUAAUAGGGAAACGCAGUUGGAAUGAAUCGAGAAAUGAUUAAAAUCGUACUUUGAAAUAAACCUUCUGUAUUAACCGUGUGUAUUAAUGAUCCGAAUCUGUACGAAAAUCGAUACUUUUUUUAACGUUUCGUUUCUGGCGAUUAUUAUCCAACAUUUAUAGCUUUCGCGGUUCGAGGGUUUCUUGUUUAACGAUUGAUAGAAGUUUCCGGUUUACACCAGAACCGCUCCACAGCCGGAAGUCGCGAGCGAUAACGCAGGUGUGUGCUUUAGUAUCGUUUACGUUUUCGAGAUUGCGGAUAUUUUUGUGUAUCGAUGUCGUUGAAAAUCAUAGUAAUCGUCUCUCUUUAUAAAAGGAAACGAAUAUAGUUGGCAAAUAUCGGACCGUCUUUCUGGGGCCAUCAUCGUUGUUUUUCCACUCGAGCAUCGUCGAUCGGUUUUAUCGACGGAUAACCUUUAUCAACGGAUCGCGUCGACUCAUGAACCCUUUGAAAAUCGAAGAACUCGUAUUGAAUUUAUUCGCCCUAUAUCGAGCGCGCCAGUCUUUUACCAUCCAUUCUUCCAUGUAUCUCGUUUCCAAAACGCUUCGAUCGAUUGGCAUUCCUUUGAAUCGUUGGUCCUCUUUGUUGCAAACUCCUUUUUUUACCGUUCAAGGGAUCGAUCAUGAUCAAAGCGAUUCUUUAUUUAUUGCUAAAAAUUUUAAACGAUCGUUUCUAUCGAAUAUUGGUAAAAAUUUGCAAACACUCGACACCCUUCCUUUCAUUUCGUGCAAUAGAAAUUAACCCUAUCAUUUUACCCGAUCGAAUUGAAAAAACAUAUUUCGAAUCGACAAUUUUACCAACUGCAACCAGACUCCUUUCCAAGAACCUUCCUCUUAUUAGCAUUACGGUAUAUUAGGUUCAUCAAUAAGGUUAAUUAUUCGAAUGGAAUUAAUAAUGAUCAAACUUAUAAUACGACUGCUACAAGACACGCAUUUUUAAUAAUUUUUUAUACCAUUUCUAAUUGGAGGAUUUUUGGAGGUAAUUGAUCAAUCCCAUUAAUAUCACCUGAUAUACCAUUCCCAGGAACAGAUAAUAUCAAAUUGCAAAAUUGUAUCAAAUGAUGGAAGGAAGCGAGUAAACAACAUCUUCCACCGCGAAGAGGAAAAGAGAGAGAAACCAGGUGUCGCGUCAGCUGCCCUGUUAUCAAGAUCCCAAACUGACUUGGCGCAACCCUUAGCCGUUCCACGCCAUCUGGCGUUUCGCGAUUCGCCGAUUGGCGUUGCGAACUGCGAUAGUAAUCCUGCAGGUGGAAGCGUGCUGCGUGGAAAAAGCAUGGCGGCCGUGGAGGGGAGGGGAGGGUGGAUCGCAAGAAGCGGGGCGCGCGUAUUGUCGGCGAUAAUUGAGAGGCCGAUUUCUAGGGGGAGGUCAUAAACGAAAGUCUGGCCGGCUCGUAAACCGGCGAGGGAAAUUCAUGCGAAACAUGCGAGGACAGUUACGAUGGAUAGUCGUGCGGCUGGCUGAGAAACGGUUUUGUUUGUCCCCGCCGUUGGUUGUUCGUGGUUAAUGGCCGAUGGUGAGCAGCCCGGCCAUUGGCUUUCGCCGGUUGUGCUCUCGUUCGUGGGAGGGGAAAAAAAAGAAAAAAUGACUCGUUUGAGGUUUAAACCGUGGAUGGAAGCGUGCGGUGAAGGUUUUUGGUGAUUGAAAAUUGGAAUUUAUGGAGUUGAAAGGUGCGGGAUACGGGUGAAUAAAAUUAGAAUCGUGUAGGAUUGUUUUUCGAUAGUUUUUGAGGGGGGAGGAGAACUCGAAAACUCGAGUUUUUUUCGGUUUAAUUUUGUGGAGGGGGUUUUUUUCGUGGACGACCAAGUAUAUCGUUAUUCGAUUUCAAUACUCGUUUGUUCAUUUUGAAUCGUUAUUUUAAGUGAUAUUAUAUAAUUAUACAUAGAAAUAAUGUGAAAUUCUUAGAUUUAUAUUUGGAGAUACAUAUUUUCGAUUCGUGAAAUAUACCUCAGGUGUUAAAUAAAUCGGCGUAGAAAUUAAGAGAUUACUAACGAUGCGUCGAUGAUUAAUGAGAAUUGGAAACUUCAUUAGGACCUUACACUUUGCUGGACUAGCAUUCUGCAGAUUCGUUUGUGACUAUCUAAGUAGCUUAAUUACUUCCUACCAAGCUAAUAGACCGUGUGAACGCACGAUUAAGCAAUCGUUAAUCAUGGAACAUAGUUUUCUCGAUAUCUGAAUUGGGGAAAUAUCGCGAAUCAGAGAGAUAAUACGGAGUAUUUUUAUUAUUCCGCAAAAUCUAAAUAAGCUAACGUUUAUCGCGCGAAAUAUGGUCGAGAAGAUCGAUCGUCGCCGACAAAAACGAAACAUCAAUCGUGUCGAGUGACUCAGAAUCGAGUGACUCAUGCAUAAUUUAUUUCGGUUUAAUUAGAGAUUGGAUCUCGCGUGGUAAGAAAAAGCAAUAUUUUCCAUAAAUUCGUGCCGUGUGCUUAUGCAAAUUGAGCCCAAAAUCGUAAAUGUUUUGCACCCACACCCGAUAUAAUAUCCUACCCUUUAUUUAUGAAUUUCGAUAUUGAUUAUAUUUUCGGUUGAAAUAUAUCAUUGCACUUUGUUGCAAAUCUCGAAUAAAGAGCAGAGUAACAUUUGGGGGGUUGUUUGAAUGGAAUUCUCGUAUCCGACACGUUUUAAAUUUAAAUGUAUCAGAAAAUACAAAAUGUUGCGGAAAUAUCGCGUGUUCUCCACUCUCGUUCAAUCGACGGAUCCUCGAUCGUGUACAGAGAAUGAAAUUAAUAAAUUCGGGCGAUUUUACAAGCUGCGAGUGAAAAAAAUGAAUUGUUUUUGCGGAGGGAAAAGCUGUGAAAAUAAUUUUUGAUUUGUGACGAAAUCUCGAACGUGCAAAAUGUUUUGCCCAAAUGCGUGAUUUUCGCGGAAAAUUUACUGGAGCAAGAUAUUGCAUGACGAUAUAUCAUAAAUCAAUAUAAGUCGCAUUUCAAGUUCAUUUUUAACAAAACUUUUUAAUCGUGCGAUGCAUCAGUCUGUUAUAGAAACAAAGAAAUAACUCGUAUUUAAAAUUGGUCAAAGGUUGAAACUUUAGGGGUUGAUUUCACCCCCUAUUCCAAAGAAGGAAAAUUGUUAUCCACGUGUAAUUGUAGCACAAUUUCUCCAGUAAAAUACUUUGACGAAAUUAACUUUCAUUUUCACCUUAUAAUAAGUUUCAAAUCCACCCACGAAUAUAUAAGAUAGAUUAAAAAAAAAAGAUCUAAAUCCUCCCUCUUUAAUCGACAAGCAUUCUCGAGACCAGCUCCAUUUCGACCUAACUCGUAUAACGUAAAUUAUUACCAUCGUUCGAGCUUAUCCAUCCACUUUUACGCAUUUUUAGGACAAAUAAUCCCCCCCCUCUCCCCCACAUUCGUUUUGACGAGAAUUAAUAUUCCCGGCGAAUAAGGAUUUACCCGUAAAUCAUGAUGGAUGCGAAUUUACGAGGCGAGGUAGAUGGCGCGGCGAAACACGAGGGAGAGAUCUUUUGCUCCCCCCACGAACGAAUCGUUUCCUAGACAUUCAAUACGCUCGGUUUACCGGGACGAAAGCGUACAGAGCCGCGAUGAAUCAUUGCGGUUCUUAUUAAAUUUCACUGCCGAGAGCUGGUGGACGACGACGACGACGACGAGCCGGUGAAUUCGCUUUCGAACGACAGUUCCUCGUUUGUUUUCGAGUCGGUUUUCAAAGGAAUCCGAUCCACGAUACACGAGAAUCUCUCUCUCUCUCUCUCUAUCGUUGCCGCUAUAUAUAUAUAUAUAUAUGUAUAUAUAGCGUGUUGUCUCGGUCGAAUCGGGGAAACACACUUUGCCCAACCGUUUAAAUAUUUGCCUCGGAUCCGCGUGGCUUUGCCGUGGGGGAGCCCUGCCAGCGAUUGGUAAUCGAUUAUCGGGACCAUCGAUUAGAAAUCUCGCAUCGAGUUUCAUUCGCCGGUGAUUGAAGAUGGCGCUGAUUCGACGAUUGUUGUAUUUAUAUCGAGAUUAUUUUGCCCAAGAUGCACGGUAUCUGUUAUUUCGAUGCAUAAAUAAAAUUGUUGUUGAUAUUUAUGUUCAAUAUUUUCGUUUGGAGAAGAUUGAAAAAAUAGUUUAUUCCAUUUUAAUAAAAAAGAAAUAGCCGAUUCAGUUGCAGUUACAAUCGCUUCUGAAGUUUUGACGAGACGUCGAUGGAUAGCUGUCCCUUGGCGGCAAUCACCGAGACGAGGGGGAACGAUUUGUCAAAGGAUGGGAACGAAGUGGAGGUGACGUCGUUAGAGGAAGCGAAAUCCGUGAUAGCGGCGCUUCGAGCGAGGCAAAGGGCACAGGCGCAUCAAAUGCUCGCCUGGCGAAGGACGUUAAAGUUGCAGGAGGAUCUCGUGGCUCGAUUGACAAGGGAGAAGGCAGAACAGCUACGGACAUUGUCCUCGCAGUUACUGCUCUUCGAGUCGAGGCUUUGUCGGAAGCAGAAGGAGAUCGAGGCUAGUCUGGCGCAAAGGGAGUCCAUUAUUCUCAGACAACAGAGGGUGAUUCGUCAACUGCAGAGCAGAUUGGCGGAAAGAAGCACCGGUACAAGGGAUUCGCCACCUUGCGACGCCCUCGAUAGAUUGGAUAGCCUUGGAGAUAGCGACAGUGCUGUCGUUCUCGAGGAGGCGGCGGAUGACUUAGCACCGCCGAGGUUCCGCUCAAACAUCACCGACGUUACGGUGAUUCGAUCGGUCUCAGACGCUGUCGAGCCAUCGAGCAAAUACUCGUCUAUGCGACGAUGCAACGGGUUCCUUAGGAGACCGGAAAUUUUAGAGACCGUUUACUCGGUUGAAGAAGAUGGCGACAGCGAGAACAAUCAGGACCCGUCCGAGUCAACCGAAAAUUCCGAGUGCGAGGAGAGACGGGCAAAAAAUUUGGGAAACGGGAAGGGCAGACUUCAGGAUUUGUAUGGCAGUUUUGAGAGACUUGCUCAAGAGGCGGAUUCUCCGCCGAGCGAAAGGCCGAGGGACGAAAGUCAGCAGGCGCAGGUCACGUACAACAGGGUAAUGAGCAAUCACAGAUCAGUCACAAAGCCAAAAGACGUAAAGUACAAGAGGAUAAACAAGGCGAAAUCGAAAAGCUUGGAAGAACUAAGGGGACGGUUGAGAAAUUGGGUGGAAAAAGGGAACAAAAUCGCUAUAUCGCUGGAUCAAUCUUACGCCUGAAUCUUUUAACUCCCUCUGAAAGUAUAUUUUAAAAAAUUUUUUAAAAACGGCGAUCCAAUUGGUCGAUUACGUUCUUCACUGUCAUUCGUGCGCAAACAACCAAUCAAUCGCCGUUCUAUAUUUACAUUAAAAUUCUCAUCGCUCCAUGUGAUAUUUACUGUAGUGUUUCGAAAAUUAAAUUAGAAAUCUUAACGCUGUUGCGCGUCGACAAUUUUAACACUUGUGAUAUAUAUAUAAAUGAUUUUAUGAUAAUGAAACACAAAGUUAUCUAGUUGAUAAUUAUCAUCGCGAUUAUGAAAUGAUAAGAAGAUUCGCAGAAGGAAAUGAGACAAGAUAAUCGAGAAUAUUUGCUACUCGUACGUAAAUUUGAGAAAAAUCUUGCCGAGAUUGCUCUCUCUUUCUUUCUCUUUCUCUCUUUCUUUCUCUGUUUCUCUCUCUUCUUCGUAUCUUCCCUUUCGCAUAAAUUUUAAAUUAUAUUUUCACGAACUCGCGUUGCCAAAUUGUAUGGCGUACAAUCUCCAAUCUUUAUACGGUUGAAUCUCGGUAAUUCGGUUUUCAAUAUGGAGGUAAAAUAUUUCAAUUGUAAAGAUUUUAUUUUAUCCAAAUUUUCGAGUAAAAAAACAUUCGACGAAUAAAGAUUGGACAAAAAAAGAAACAGUAUCGAAUGGUCGAUUAUUGAAAAAUUGUGACACGCAAUCACGAGUUGUAGAGAGUAAUAAUAAAAGUUUCACUUUUACAAAUAAAUUUCUACUUGCAGGGGCUGCACUUUUCUGAAUUCAAGUUACAGAGAUAAAAUAAUUAACCUUCAACUCAUAUGAAAUUUAUAUUUCUACUUACAAAGACUUUCACAGAGGAGAGAAUGAAAUUAUAGUCUUAUGGAUAUUUUUGACCCGUAGAGAUUCGAAUUAUGAAGGUUCGAUUGUACGAUAAAAUACGAGAUUUUUUCCACUACAUCGUAAUUUACGAAUUAUUCUUCCGACAAGAAACGUCGAUAAAUGUGCACCUGUAUAACCGAGUGAACUUUCUCAUUGUACUAUUUUUUCUUCCCGAUAAGAGGUCGCGACACGCAUUCGCCAAUCCACGUCGAUGACACAGAUUUCUAUCUUUAAAUAGAUUCCUUUCGUCAAUUACGACCAUUGUACUAUCGAUUAUCGAUUGAUAUAACGUUUAAUCGAAAUCGAGAAAAUGUCGGACGUUCUUUCAAAGGGAAGACUGUGCGUGCGUAUUACCGAAUUGGCCUCAGCUCAAUUUUUUACUCGUUCUAUAAAAAUUAAUUAAGUAUCAUUCUUCGUACUAUCGCUCUUUUAUAAUAUAAUAUUGCUUGUCUUGUCGCUAUUCUCUAUUUAUAUACAUACACACAUUGCUUUUACGCAGAAACGAUAAACAGAAAACGUGCUUUCGAUGCAUCAAAUGCAAAACGAUAUUCUCGAACAUCUUACGACAGACGAUAUUUGUUAUAAUGUUUAACGAACAUUCUAUCACUUUAUUCAGUAUCGAUGAAUGUGCCACUCUAACCUAUUUUUUCUUAUUAAGAUUGUGUUGCGCGAAUUCGCUCGCUAAUUCUAUCACCAGGUUAAUUAGAAUAAUCGAUAUUUUAUAUCAUAGCGAAGACAGAGAUGUAAUUCGAGUUAGAAAAUUGUUGCUGAAAAGUGUUGAAUGCGUAAAAGAAUCAUGAUACUCAAAGUAUAUCGAUCAGUAUUUUUAACUCGAUAUUAUUCUAUUACUGCAAUUGUUUUGAUUAGCCUGGUGCAUGGAUUUCUUUAGAUAAUCUUAAAGAUUAUCUAAUCUAAUCGACAGAAGAUAAUCAAUAUCUAUAUAAAUAUGUAUACGUGAUGCAUUUGCAAAGGUCUAAUGCAGCACGGGUUAUUUUUCGAGAUUUACGAAUAAUCUUUUCAGCUAUUAGAAAUAUAUUCGUAAAACGAGUUAUUCCGUAGCAUAAUAUUUUUCGAUCGUUCUUUAUACUGUAAACCAGCGAUAAACUCGACACUUUAUUUAUUUAUCGAUCAUGUAUGCGGCGGUCGUCUAACCUUUCUAUACCUUAUUCUAUCGAAGUAAGAGAAACUAUUCUUGCGGGUACCUGUGUAAUGUUAAAAAAAAAAAAAAAAAGAAAGAAAAAAAUACAUAAAAAACGUUUUCUAUUUUCGCGUUCUGUUCGAGACCAAUUUAUAUAUAUUAUAUUUGACGUUCUCGAAUGGAAGAAGUAAAGAAUAUAAGAAAACUAUCGACAAUCCCCAAUUUUGAGAAAAAGAAAAGAAAAUAUAUUCUAUUAGAAAAGAAUAUACAGAGACAGUUCUUUUGUAAAUAAAAUGAGAUAAAAUAUAUAUAUAUUAUAUUAUUAUAUGUAAUAUCUUAACGUUAAGUUAAGGCUCUUCGAAAUUCUGCAAGAUUUAUUAUGUAGAUAGCCAUGUUAACAAGAAUAAUAAAUUUUAACGAUAGAGAAUCAAGUUUUAUGUUCCUGCAGGCUGCAUAACAGCUACCGCGAGAUCUCGUGCAUAAUAUAUUUGCGCGCUUAUAAAUAUAUAUACCAUAUAAAUAUAUAAAUAUAUAAAAAUAUACUUAAGUCUAUUACUAAUAAAGAAAUCAGAAUGAGAAAUCAGAAUAAUGUUAACAGAUCGGCGUUAAAUCUGUCAUAUUGGUUUACAAAUGUUCCAAUAUACACGUAAACAAUUAUGGAUACAAAAUGAUUACAAAUGGUAUGUAAAAAAAAUUGACUGUCAUCUUAAUUUAUGUAAACGAUGUAACGUGUAUAUCAUCGCUUUUUUAGAAAACUAGUGAAUUGCUACCAAUAUUAAUAGUUAUCGCAUUAUUUUAAUUAAUUAUUAAAUCUUAAAUAAAUUAUAAUGUCAA